AUGGGGAGAGGAACUGAAGCCAAUGGUGGCACUGAAACGCAGAGAUUCCAGGUCCAAACUCCCCAGGGCACCAGCGGCAUGGGAGAGAUUCGAGGGCAGAUUCUCAAGUUGAAGGAGGCGACGAUAAACCACUGCCAGAUUUUGAAGAAGAAAACUCUAUGGAUCCGCUCCCGGAAAGACUGCAAGUGGAGUUUCCAUCACUUUCAGAAGUGGGUCCAGGUUCUCUUGGGCUUGGGAAAUCGCCCCUCCGGGUUGAUGGUCAACCUUGGCAAAGCCAGGGUAGCCAGCUCGGCCACUGGAACUGGCAGUCCCACCGCCCCUCUACCCUGGCACCGGAUAUAUGCCUUUGACUUUGGCUCCUACAUCUUAUUAGAACUCACCAGAUAUUGGCAAGCUGUGCACCAGGAGUUUAAGUUCAGUGGGGAAGACAAGCAUCUAAAUACAGUUCAGAUAAGGGAAGCAAAUGAGUACAAGGAUGUGUACAUUUGUGCUGAGGGGGUGGGGAUAGCGAGGGGGAAGAUGAAGAGUUUCCUGUUAUUCUUAGGCUUGUUUGGAGCUUCCACUGCGAUGCCGAUGCACAUGCCCCGCAUGCCUGGAUUUGGCAGUAAAAGCGAAGAGAUGAUGCCGUAUGGUCAGUACAACUUUAUGAAUUCACCACACAUGGCACAGUUGGGCCCCUUGUAUGGUUACGGCUUGCAGCUCCCCCAGUUCUUCCAACCACCCCAGAUGCCUCCCUGGCCCCAGCCUCCCCCGAACGGGUGGCCAGCCCAGAACCCGGGGCCACCACAAGGAGGGAAGCCCCAGGCCAAGCCCGGUCAGAGCCAGAACACCAAGCAGCCCAACCCUUCCCAGCCCAAGAAACCACCGCAGCAGCAGCCUCCAAAGCAGGCCGCCAAGCAGCCGGCCCCCGGGCCCUCCAAGCCCACGGAAGAGACCCGACAACCUCAAAUGUACCCGCCGUUCGGCAAUGGAUUCUUUCCCUUCCAGCUGCAACCCUGGCAAAUUCCACCGCAAAUGCCCCCUGGCUACGGACGUCCACCAGGCAGCAACGAGGAAGGUGGGAAUCCAUAUUUCGGCUACUUUGGCCACCAGGGCUUUGGGGGCAGACCCCCGUACUACUCAGAAGAAAUGAAGGAAGAAGAGAAGGAAAGCCCCAAGGAGGACAGUCCCUCCCCUGAGCCUACGGCCAACUCCACCGUUGCCGAGACCAACUCCACCCAGCCCAGUGGCCCGAGCCAGGCCGGGAGUCAGGGGGGAAACGCCACCGACCCUGGUCAGUCGGCGGGGAACGGAUCUCCCGCCCAGACUCCCGGGCACGGCACGGUUCCCGAUAACGGUGAGCCCCCGGGUCCGCUCCUCAAUGCCUCCGACCACGGGGGAGCGAGAGGUCCGAAGCCCACGGGCCCGGGCCCCGGCCAGCCGCCUUUCCGGGGCCGCCCCGCCAACCCCAAUGCGGCUCCAGGGUUCCCCGCGGGCCGACAGCGCCGCCCCUUCGUCCAUCCCUUCGGCCGCCCCUUCGACCGGCCCGUCGGCCGCCCCGUCGGCCGAAGGGAUCACGGUCCCACCUACGGGAAUACGCCCAAGGCCAGGGGCCCCCUCCGAUGGAACGCAGUCACCUCUGAAGGCAAACGGGUCGCCCGUCCCGGAUAUCCCAUGUACCGCAGGCCUUUCCCCGUCGCCGCCCCCGGGAGGGGUUUCCCCAACCGGGCGGGGAAUCCCCUCAAUCUCCGGAAGAACCCCCAGGCCCCAGCCAAGCACCCCGGAGAGGCCAACAGCGGGCCGGUGUAUUCCCAGCGCGGCGGGCUCAUGGCCCCCAGGGAGCCAGUCGCAUCCCCUCAGGAAAACCCACCGAGCCCAAGGGAGAAACCGUCCUUCCCGACCCGGGGUCCGGCCGUCCCGUGGAGGAAACCUCAGAAUUACGGCCCGGGGAAGCCAGUUUACCGGCCCCCUCUCUCUGAGGGCAGACCUGCGGACCCGGGACCGAGUCCCUUCGACCCACGCGAAAACCCCUACUACCCAAGAGGAGAUGCCACCGAUAGAAGAUUUCUGUCUUCGGGAGGCUCGGCCCCUGGCCGCCAUUUCCCCGAGGGUAUUGUUUUGAAGCCAGAAGACGACCAGCCGCCAUCGAAGCAGAAGCCUUUCCAUCCCGUCACUUCGGAGCGGACCCCGAGAGAGCCCAGUCCCACGAAGCCCCAGCGGACCAGCCCGGAACCACCCCCGCCCCUAGAAGAAGGCCCUGGGCGGCAGGACAAGAGCCUGACGUACCCACCCAUCAGCCCUAGGAGCGGAAUUCCCUAUCCUGAUCAUCAUCCCUACGACCCCAAAGGGACCUGGGACGAAGGCAACGAGCCAACUCCUUCCUCGGGCCCAGCGGAGCAACCAGGGAGACAACCGUCUCCCUGUAGCCCUCGGAUGGGCCAGAGAGGUGAAGUGCCCUACAACGAAGAGGACCCUGUUGACCCCACGGUAGAUGAACCUAACCUUGGGCCAGGUCCCUGGGAAGAGACGGCCAACGGCAAAGAAGAUCCCAGUAGAUACCACAAAAGCCCGCAGUACCCCCAAAGCCGGGCAACCGAACCCCAAGAUUACCCCCCGUAUCCCGAAGGUGGCCUGGAGAAACACCGAGAUUUCCCCUACGGUGACUUUUACCCCCGGGGCCCAGAAGACAAUCUCCAACCGUACAAUGGGGCCGAUCAGCUCCCGGGGGAGGGCAGGGGGUAUUAUACCCAUGACGCCGUGGGACAGGGAGGCCCUCUGCAGUUUCCUUCCCGGGAUUCGUGGGACUGGGGAUUACGGUCGGCUGCUCAAGAAAGAAGAGCACCAUACGAUGAGAGAGAUUCUUGGGACCACGCGAUAAAUUCACCCAAAUCGACAGCGGGUGCCACGGAAACCCUGUCCCCGUCCCACAGCGUUCCCGCCGGCAUCCGAGGAAAGCCACAUGAAGAAUCCGUGGAUUGGAGCUACAGAGGAGGGCAGGUCUCCGACUUGGGUGUCCCAGAGGCGGAGCGGCCGGCUCUAAUGGAGCCAGUGGCCCGGAGCGAUCCGGCCGACCCCAGAGAAGCCUCGUCCUACCCCGUGGCCGUCGCCAGAAGUUCCUGCUGUGCCGGUGGCUCCCCAGGCCCCAGGGACGUCCCACUGGCCCCGCCGGACUAUCCUCCACUGGCCCUCCCAGGCUACCUUCCACUAGACCCCCUGGAUUACCCUCCGCUAGUCAGACCAGACUACCUUCCACCGGCCCCACGGGACUACCCUCCACCGGACACACCGAACUAUUCUCCACUGGACACACCGGACUACCCUCCACACUACCCUCCGCUGGCCCCCCAAGACUACUCCUCGCCAUUAGGUCUCUCCCUGUGGGAGCUUCAAGUCGGAGGCCCCCAGAGCCCCAGAGGUAGCCGCUCCAGGCACGUGCAGCAGGCGGCCUCCCCGGUGGGCUACCCGGCCAUCCGGAGAAACGGCACGGAAGAAGCACCCCCCACGGGGCGGGAGGAGCCGGCUCCUUCCAGAGACGGACUAGCACCGGGAAGGAGCCCUCCUUGCUCCCUAAGGCCCCGGGCGAGCCCGAGGGCAGGACUGGCCUUUCCCGAGGCCGGAUUGCCCCCAGCCAAGCCCGCCCCUUGUUUCAAAAGCAGGCUGAGGGGCGACGUGGACAGUGUCCCGGAGCAGAUCCUGGACCCGGACCCGCCGGUCGCGGGGAACGACGGCCCGGCUCCCGGAGACCUGGCCGUGGUGGUCCCGGAGCGGGAUCCGGGGCCAGUGGGCAUCAGAGGGGACCCGGAACCGGGGCCGGAGGCCGGCGCCCCGGGCUUCCAGUGGGUGCCCUGCUUCGGCAGCGAGACUCAAAAUCAUUACUUGGCAUGGACGGGCGCUCCCCCUGGCAACGAGAAGCCGGACCCAUCCGAGCCGGUGUCCACCGCACCCGCAGAGACCCUGGACGCGGUCUCUGGGCUUCCGACCGGGGUGCCUUCCGAGGGCCCCAGCCUUCCCCGUUCAUCAGAACUUUCACCGCCCUUCAAGACCCUCCAGUGGGAAGUGGCAGACGGUCCGGAACAACAGGGAGCCGACUGCUCGUUGCUCCAGAACUAG